UGUUGUCUGCAAGUUUUAAAACUGCUUGUUUUCCUCAGUUAUAUGUAUAGGGGCUACCCUGCAACGUAGUGUAUGAGAAUGAAAAGAACAAAUCAAUUCUUGGGUUAAAAUAUAUUAUUUCAUAUUGGUAUCUUUUUGUCAAAGCAACUCCAGGAUUCACGUGACUCGCUUAGCAGAAGAUAAUCCAUACAUGGUGUCAUCAUCCUCGUUAUUAAUAUAAUUCUUUUUUCUUUUGUGUGUGUUGCUUUUUAUAUCGUGGUUGUCAUUAUAUAUCUGGAGUUGCAAUUCUGUGCAAAUGGAUAUGUAAAGCAGUGAGCUUCGUGUGAAAAGUUUAGAUCUUGAAAUGGGUAUGGGUGGUUGGUGGGUUGGUUUGUUUUUGGUUUGGUGGUUGGCUGUGAGUAGCAAUGUUGAAGUAAAGGGAUACCCAAUUGAGGAUCUGGUGAGGGGAUUGCCUGGUCAGCCCAAAGUUGAGUUCAAACAGUUUGCUGGGUAUGUUGACGUUGAUGUAAAGCAUGGCAGGAGCUUGUUUUACUACUUUGUUGAAGCCGAGGUUGACCCUCAGAAGAAGCCUCUCAGUCUCUGGCUCAAUGGAGGUCCAGGGUGUUCAUCUAUUGGUGGAGGUGCCUUUACAGAGUUGGGUCCAUUUUAUCCAAGUGGUGAUGGCCGAGGACUUAGAAGAAAUAAAAUGUCAUGGAAUAGAGCAUCAAAUCUCCUUUUUGUUGAAUCUCCUGCUGGAGUUGGAUGGUCUUACUCAAAUACUACAGCUGAUUACACUUGUGGGGAUGAUUCUACUGCCAAGGAUAUGGUCACAUUCUUCUUGAAUUGGUAUAAGAAGUUCCCGGAAUACAAAUCAAGAGAAUUAUUUCUUACAGGGGAAAGUUAUGCAGGCCAUUACAUACCGCAGCUGACUAGUGUUCUGCUGGACUAUAAUGCACGUUCAACUGGUUUCAAGUUCAAUAUCAAAGGAGUUGCUAUUGGAAAUCCGCUUCUCAAACUUGAUCGUGAUACUCAAGCAACAUAUGAAUUCUUUUGGUCUCACGGAAUGAUUUCUGAUGAAGUUGGCCUUGCCAUCAUGAACAAAUGUGAUUUUGAUGAUUAUGUUUUUGCUAGUCCUCACAAUAUGUCUGAAUGGUGCGACAGUGCCAUCAGUGAAGCAAACAACAUUGUUGGUGACUAUAUAAAUAAUUAUGAUGUGCUCCUUGAUGUUUGUUAUCCAUCUAUAGUAGAGCAAGAACUACGUUUGCGGAAAGUGGCUACCAAGAAAAGUCUUGGAGUUGAUGUAUGUAUGAGCUUUGAAAGACGAUUUUAUUUCAACCUUCCUGAGGUUCAGAAGGCUCUUCAUGCAAAUAGAACUAAAUUACCCUAUGGCUGGUCUAUGUGCAGUAGCGUUCUAAAUUAUAGUGACACUGACGGUAACAUCAACAUGCUUCCCCUGCUGAAAAGGAUAGUUCAGAAUGGGAUACCUGUCUGGGUAUUCAGUGGGGACCAAGAUUCUGUUGUUCCUUUGCUGGGAUCCCGGACACUCAUCCGUGAGCUAGCACAGGAUCUGAAGUUCCCCGUUACAGUCCCAUAUGGAGCUUGGUUUCAUAAAGGCCAGGUGGGAGGUUGGGCAACCGAGUAUGGAAACUUGUUAACUUUUGCCACAGUAAGGGGUGCUGCUCAUAUGGUACCCUAUGCUCAACCGUCAAGAGCCUUACAUCUUUUCAGUUCAUUUGUGCGUGGUCGAAGACUGCCUAAUAAUACUCAUCCUUCAAUAGAUGAUUGAGAAAAAAUGGUUAGAUGAGUUCAUAAUUCUGAGGUUCCUUAAAAGGCAAUAAAGUUAGUGUUUUUGGUCAAUCAAAAAAUACCUGAAGGGACAAAAGAAAGCCUUCUAACUGUAGUUGAGGAGUAAGCAAAAUUGAAAAUAGGAACUGAUGAUAGUUCUUAUUCGUAGCUUCUUGAAAUAUAAAAACAUGAUUGGUGAGUUCAUUUCAUAUUCUGAGUAGAGAGAAGUUUGGUAGGAAUUAUUUGAGACAUUAGAAGAUUGUGGAAUUCAAAUGCAACAGGAAUUCCAUGCUCUUAUGAUCUUUCUUAACUUAAAUUGUAAGCAUCCGUUGGCCAUAUUAUCUGCUUUCGGGUUACCCGCAUUUUAUCAUAACUAAAUAUUGUUUGGUUUGAGAGAGAAUAUUGAAAUUCUAAGUGUGAAAAAUGAUUUCAAAUGCUUUA